AUGCAAAAAGAGAUUCUUGACAAGAUCCACCAAGAGCAUCUAGGAAUGGAAAAAUGCAAGCUCCGAGCCAAGUCAGCUGUAUAUUGGGUAGGCAUGUACAAAGACGUAGAAAAGAUAGUUUCUACACGCCAUAUUUGUCAAAAGUACAGAAACUCACAACAAAAGGAGGAAAUGAUACCCAGUGACAUCCUAAGAAGGCCAUGGCAAGCUAUUGGAGUAGAUCUGUUCACAGAGAGCCAAGAAUGGUAUUUGAUUAUGAUCUGCUACUACUUCAAAUUUCCAUUUGUGAGAAAAGUGAUAGACCUGAGAGCCAAAACAAUAACUACAGUGGCUCGAGGAGUUCUAGCAGAGCAAGGAAUACUAGAGCAGAUCAUAUGUGACAAUGGAACCCAGUUCACAUCGCAAGAAUUCAAAACACUAGCUGAUGAGUAUGGGUUCAAUAUUACAACCUCAUCUCCACACUACCCCAAAGGUCAUGAGUUUAUAGAAAGACAAGUGCAGACAGUGAAGAGAACACUAGUCAAAUGCUGA